UGACUUUUGAAAAUUUCGCUCCAAUUCUUGAACGUUGUUAUUAUAUCUCGUAGAUGCUGCUAGUCGUAUGUUAUUGAAACACGCGUUAUUUGCUAAAUACUAGUUUAAUUAAGCAUUUCAGAAAACUUUUAUUGCUAUAUUUAAGGAAAAUGGAUACUAUUUAGUCAGUUGGGAAAAAAAAGGGAGAACAAUAACUUUCCAUUAUGGCUGGUACCCAUCCUUUAAGUGUUCAAGUUCGUGUUCAUCAUCUGAAUGAGAAAGAAAAUCUGGAAUCGUUACUCUUCUCAGUGAAAAAAGGCUCUAUUAUUCAGUUUAAACUGGGAUCAACACUUUUUGGGCAAAGAAUUAAGCUGUUUAUCAACUACCCUGAAAACCCUACUGAUGGCUUUAAAAGACUUGUUUACAGAGAACUGAGAUGGAAAUCAGAAAGUUUCAAUAAAGGUGAUGAUACUGCUUUAUAUGCCGAAGUCACAUUUGAGUUAUCUGGGAGUUUCCAUUAUUUCUUCAUACCAGAAGGAGGGGAUGUUCUCAAGCCAUGUGGCUCAGGUUACAUUUUAGUUGAUCCUGUUUUAACAUAUGGGCCAGAAAAUGAAAUUACCUCUUGACAGCAUUUUGUGCAUCACCUACUUAGCCAAAAGUUUAGGUCCUUUUGACGAAUGGGAAGCACGUUUGCGAACAGCCAAAGAAAUUGGCUACAAUAUGGUGCAUAUAACACCCAUUCAAGAACUUGGGGGAUCUCAGUCUUCAUAUUCAUUAAGGAAUCAGUUGGCUCUAAAUCCUACAUUUCAUACGAAGAGUAAAAAGUGCACAUUAGGAGACAUUGGUGAAUUUGUCGAAAAGAUGAGAAGGGAAUGGAAGGUUUUAUCUAUAACUGACAUAGUUUUAAAUCACACUGCAAAUGAAAGUGAAUGGCUCGAAGAACAUCCCGAAUCAACAUAUAAUUUAAUUAAUUCACCUCAUUUGAAGCCUGCAUAUUUAUUGGAUAGGGCAAUAUGGUACUUUUCUCUAGAAAUAGCAGAAGCAAAGUGGUCUUCAAGUGGAAUCCCACCAGCUGUGAAUAAUGAAGAACAUAUAAAUGCUAUUAAAGGUGCCUUGCAAGGUUACUUCAAACAUCUUCUAAGGCUACACGAAUUUUUUAUGUUAGAUGUUGAUGAAAUUGUGAAUAAAUUUUGGGAAAUAGCUGGAGAGCCAGAUCGCUUAUUGAAGAAACAGUCUGGUGAACUGAAAAUAAUACAAGAUCCUGAAUAUAGGAGGUUCAAAAGUACCAUUAAUAUGGAUUUGGCACUAAGUAUAUAUGCACCAAAUAAGAUGAUGAGUAUUCCAGAAAUCAACAAGAGCUGUGACAAUCUUAGACAUAAAUUGGAAGAAUUGAAUAAUGCAAAGAAAGGAGAAAUUGAUAUGCAUUUUUAUGCUGCUGUUGAAAAUAUUCUUUCAGCUGUUCGCUAUGAAAGACUGAACCCUUCUGGUCCAAAACUUAAAGCACUUUCUGCUCAACAUCCGUUAGUGCCCCAGUAUUUCAAAAAUUAUGGAAUUGAUACAAAUAUUCAAGAGGAUGAAAAACUGAUGUUCUCCCCUCAAGCCUGUUACAUAAUGGCUCAUAAUGGUUGGGUUAUGGGUGACAAUCCACUAAAAAAUUUUGCUGAGCCUGGAUCAAAUGUUUAUUUAAGACGUGAAUUAGUAGCAUGGGGUGAUAGUGUUAAAUUACGAUAUGGCAAUAAACCAGAAGAUUCACCAUAUCUUUGGAGCCAUAUGACAGAAUAUGUUCAACAAUUAUCUCGUGUAUUCUAUGGACUUCGACUUGAUAAUUGUCACAGCACACCUAUACAUGUUGCUGAGUACCUCAUUGAUAAAGCUCGAGAAGUAAGAUCAGAUCUAUUUGUUGUUGCCGAAUUAUUUACAUCGAGUGAGGCAGUUGAUAAUAUAUUUGUAAAUCAAUUAGGCAUCACAGCUCUAAUACGUGAGGCUAUGGCAGCACCCGAUAGUCAUGAACAAGGGCGGCUGGUUUACAGGUAUGGUGGAUCUACGGUUGGAGCUUUUGUACAUCCUGUUACACGACCUCUUACUAAAAACAUUGCUCAUGCUGUUUUUAUGGAUAUAACACAUGAUAAUCAAUGUCCAAUGCAGGUGCGUUCUGUUUAUGAUUAUUUUCCUACUGCAGCAAUGGUUUCCAUGGCAUGUUGUGCCACAGGCAGUACUUGGGGUUAUGACCAGCUGGUGCCACAUCAUAUACAUGUAGUUUCUGAGAAACGCCUGUAUACUUCUUGGACUGAUGAAGUAAUUGCUAAGAGAGGUUUUAUUAAUGCAAACAAUGGCAUAAUUGCAGGAAAGAAAGCUCUCAAUAAACUGCAUUCAGAACUAGGUGCUUCUGGUUUUACACAGGUUUUUGUUGAUCAGAGAGAUGAGAACACAGUUGCCAUCACUCGCCAUUGCCCAGCUACCCAUCAAUCAAUUAUUAUGGUAGCUCGAACGUCUUUUAGGAUGCCUGCAAAACCUAAUGAGUCCAGUUACCUUAAGCCUUUGCGCCUUCAAGGAGUUAUAGAAGAAAUAAUACUGGAAGGUUUGCUUCAACCUGUUGGUCAUCCAGGGACUACAUUAGGUCCAUCUCAGUAUAAAGAUGAUACUUUCAUUAAUGGCUUAACAGAUUUUAAACUCAAAAUAAAAGAAAAUAUUCAAAUUUACGAAAGUGAAAUGAUUGAAAGUGCUGGUGUUUCAGAAGAUGGAUAUAAUGAAAUUGAUUUCAUUCAUUUCCCCCCUGGAUCUGUCAUUGUGUUUAGAGUAUCAUUAGAUAGUGAGUCAAGAUCGUCUAUUCUUCGAAUACGAACAUGUGUGUCACAGUUUGGUUACAGAAUGCGAUCAUAUAGUGGCAAUGUCUUAAAGCGAGGAACUCAUGAUUUUGAAUCCAUUCUUUCGCAUUUAACAGUAGCUGAUUUAAACAGAAUACUUUUUAAAUGUAAUGGCGAAGAAAGAGAUGAAGGGAAAGGGCGUGGUGUUUAUAAUCUUCCGGGAUACGGCGAUCUUGUAUAUUGUGGAUUACAAGGUGUCAUGAGUGAACUUAUGAACAUUCAUUUAGAAGAUGAUUUAGGUCAUCCAUUGUGUCGAAACUUACGUGAUGGAAAUUGGUUGCCUGAUUACAUAGCUAGUCGUCUGAUGGAUGAUCCUGCUACUUAUAAUCUAGGAAAAUGGUUCCAUGUUGUCUUUGAAAGCUUAAAAAGAAUUCCACGCUACUUAAUUCCUUGCUAUUUUGAUACAAUAAUAACAGGUGCUUACAGUAGUCUGCUAAGUGCUUUGUGGAGAAAAAUGUCUGACUUUGUUUCUGAAGGAUCUACAUUUGUAAAAGCUCUUGCUUUGGGUUCUGUGAUUCUGUGUGGAGUUAUUCGCAGUGCACCAUUACCAUUACUUUCUCCCAAUUUGGAACCACCUAUUCCAGCUGAAGGAAAAGAUGAAAAUGGAAAAACUGUGCCAAAGUGUAUAACAAUAUCUGCAGGUUUACCUCACUUUUCCACUGGGUAUAUGCGCAACUGGGGUAGGGACACUUUUAUAUCUCUCAGGGGACUACUUCUUGUCACUGGACGAUAUGAGGAUGCUAGAUACAUCAUUCUUGCUUUUGCUGCAUGCUUACGACAUGGUCUAAUACCAAAUCUUUUGGACAGAGGUGUUUGUGCUAGAUUUAAUUGCAGGGAUGCUGUCUGGUGGUGGUUGCAAUCAAUUCAAGAAUAUGUGAAAAUUGUUCCUAAUGGACAUAAUAUUCUAAAAGACAAAGUAUCUAGGCUAUUCCCCUCUGAUGAUUCUCCACCUCAACCUCCAGGAAAAUAUGAUCAACCACUUUAUGAUGUUAUUCAAGAAGCCAUGCAAACACAUUUUCAAGGCCUAAAAUUUCGUGAACGCAAUGCUGGAUACCAACUGGAUACUCAAAUGACAGAUCCUGGAUUCAACAAUGAAAUUGGAGUUGAUCUUGAAACAGGAUUUGUUUUUGGUGGUAAUAGCUUUAAUUGUGGUACAUGGAUGGACAAAAUGGGUAGUUCUGAAAAAGCUGGUAACAAAGGCAAACCUGCUACUCCCAGAGAUGGUUCUGCAAUUGAAAUUGUUGGCCUUUGCAAAUCUGCAGUGCGGUGGUUAAAUGCUAUGUUUCAUAAAGGUCAUUAUCCUUAUUGUAUGGUGGAACAUUGUACACCAGCUGACUCAUCUGGGGUUGCAAAAACAGUUAUAAUGACAUUCAAGGAAUGGGAUGAAUUGAUUCAAAAAAAUUUUGAGAAGCAUUUCUUUGUUAGCCCAGAACCUCAACCAGGAGAUUCUAAAUUCAUUAAUAAAAGAGGAAUUUAUAAGGAUUCUGUCAAUGCUUCACAGGCUUGGGCUGAUUUCCAGCUUAGGCCCAAUUUUCCUGUAGCAAUGUGUGUGGCACCUGAGUUAUUCACAUCGCAAAAUGCAUGGAUUGCAUUAGAUAAUGCUGAAAAACAUCUUCUGGGACCUCUUGGCAUGAGAACUCUGGAUCCAUCUGACUGGGCAUAUGAUGGAUGUUAUGAUAACAGUGAUGAUUCAAUAAAUCAAAAGAGAGCUAGAGGAUGGAAUUACCAUCAGGGACCAGAAUGGUUAUGGCCAACUGGAUACUUCUUGCGGGCAAAGUUGAUGUUUUCAAUGAUGGUUGGUGGUAAAGAAGAGUUUGGUAAAGCAGUAGAUUUCACUAAACGUGUUAUGUCUUGCCACUUUCAUGAGAUACAAAAAUCUAAAUGGAGAGGUCUUCCAGAACUUACAAAUAAAGAUGGUGCUUUCUGUAAGGACAGCUGUGUUGUGCAAGCUUGGAGUCAUGCUACUUUAUUAGAGGUUUUAUAUGAAAUGGAUGCCAUGUGCUCUAAUAAUAAUAUUCAAGAUAGUUCUGAUUAAUGUGGCUGAAUAAGUAAUUAAAUAUAUUGCAAGAAUGUGAAGAAAAUUUUAAUGCCUGAUUGUUUUUGAUGAAGCCAUUAUGUUUUUAAGUAAGAUUCUUUUUGUUGUCGUUGUUUUAUGCCCAGUAUUGAAACAAUUUUAUAUUUAUUUAUGUUCUUUAAAAUAUGUUUUAUUUGUUAUGUUUCUAAGAAUUUUAAUGUUGUCAAUUUGUAACCAUUUUGGUUAUAUUGUCACCUGCCAAAUGUCAUCAAUUAAAACUAUUCAAAUAAAUUGUAUACUUUUAUGAAAAGUAAA